AUGCGUAAACCGUUCGCCGAUAUCCGUCGCCACGACAUCGAGGCCGCCAUACGCGUCGCGACAGCCGUGGGCCUGCCGCUGCUGGCGCUCGAUGCGAUCGGACGUCUCGAUCUCGCGGUCUAUGCCGCGUUCGGCGGAUUGGCGAUGCUCUAUGGCCACAGCGAGCCGUCGAAGAAGCGCGUCGAAAGCCAGAUCGUCGCCGGCACGGGCCUGGUCAUCACGAUGGCGGUGGCGAUGGCGUGGUCCGCCGCGCACGCAUCGGUCGCCGUGUUGGGCAUCCUGCUGGCGCUCACCGUGAGUGCCGCGGUCACGCUCGGCGCGACCAUGCGCUGGGUACCGCGCGGAGAAAUGUUCUUCGUGCUGGUGCUGCUGAUCGUCGCCGCCAUUCCCACGACCUGGGACCACCUGCCGCUUGCACUCGCCGUCGGUGCCGGCGGUGCGGCCUUCUCGGUGGUGCUCGCCGUGAUCAACGGCAUCGGCGCACCACCGGAUGAACCCAGGCCCGACGGAUGGCAACGCCGCAUCGUCGCGGGCUACGCCGUUCUCGACCGUCGCCAGCAUCUGAUUCUCCUCGCCGCCGCCACCUUCGGCGUGCUGGCCGCCUGGGGGCUGGCCCUUGCCCUGAGGAUCGGUCAUCCCUUUUGGGCGGCGGUCACCGUCGCUGCACUGAUGCCGGCGCUGGCCGCCCAGGAUGUCUGGCGGCGCGCGAUCUACCUGAUGCUGGGCACCGUCGGAGGUGUCGCCAUCGCCACCCUUCUGUUCUCCUUCAAUCCCGGCCAUCUCGCGCUGAUCGCGAUCAUCAUCGUCUGCCAGGCCGUGGCGGAGAUCGCGGUGUCGCGCAACUACGGCGUCGCGCUGCUGUUCUUCUGCCCGCUGGCCAUCGGCAUGAGCAACCUCAGCCGCGGCGCGCCCUGGCCACCCAUCCUGCUCGACCGCGUGGCCGAGGCGGCGCUGGGCGUUGCGGUCGCCUUCGUCACGAUCUUCGUGGGGCGCCGGAUCCUCAAGGUGACUUGA